UGGAAGGAGUGAGUGCCAUGCUUGGGUGUGGGCUCUUGCGUGCAUAGCUUUCUAACAUGGAAGAGGGAGGUGGAAAAGAAGAAGUAAUUGACUUGAAUAGUUUCCGGAGCCACCGAGGGAAAGAUAGGAUUAACCACAGGGACGAGGGGCUUAUUACCAUAUCGGAUUCCUCGGAUGAAGACGUGCCUGUGAUGCUGGACCUACCUGUUUGCCGGCAGUGGGGAGAUGAGGAAGAUGAUGAUGUCAUCUUGAUGGAGACGGCGACAAAGAAGCUUCUGCGUCCAAACGUGAUCAGGCCAGCUGCUCACUGGCAAAGCGUGAACAAGUCAGGGGAAGGAGGUUCCAAGGGCGAGGGAGCUGCAAGCUCUCACGAUGGGCAGAAGACAAGGUGCUCUCCUUUGAGGCUUCAUGGUGCUCGCCGGAACUGCAUCAAGGGAAGCAGCAUGGCCCCGGCCAGACACGAGAGAGAGAAUGAGGUCUUGGAGCUGCCAGAGUCCCCGGAGCCUAUUGAGCCGAGGGAGGUGGCCGGAACUCUUCCGGAGCCUGGGCCCAGCGUGGCUCGCAUGAGAGAGCCAAGACCCAGCAAUGAAAAGGAGGUCAUUAACUUGGAGGAGGUGGUCUUGGUAGCUGAUCAGGAAGGGCUGGACCAGAAGGACCGGGAACGGCAACCGAGGCUAGUGCCUGCACUGGGAGGGACGGUCAGGUGCAUCCAGGAGAACACGCGGCUGGAUCAUCCUUACUUCCAGCCCGCUGAGAAGGAGGCCCGGACUGUGGUGGACCUCCUUUCUCCUCGGCAAGCGCCUUUGGAAAUAGAAUUGGUGCCACUACCAAGGAUGUACCAAGAGGAGAUCCCUGGGCCUGCUUUUCCUAGGCCCGAGCCUCAGCAGGAUGGGAUUCCAGGCCCUGCUUCUCCUCAGCUGGCUCAUCCGCCAGAGGAAAAGGGAGACCAGCAGCUAGCAAUAAACGAACAGGCGGGCCCGGCUUUUCCAGUCCAAGGGACGCUGGAUCCUAACUCCGGUGACGUCGCCAAGCAUGGUGCUGCUCAGCUGGACAAAGACCUCAUCGCUUUGCUCAUCAGAGAGACGGAAGCAAGGUUUCCAGAUGCAACGAGAGACUACAUUGAAGAACUAAUACAGAGCAAAAACUGCUGUGACUUAAACAUACUUUGUAAUUUUCUUCUGGAAAAUCCAGAUUAUCCAAAGAAGAAAGGCAGAGUGGUUUUAAAUCCAAAUAGCAGCCUGCUCUCCAGCCAAGACGAGACAAAGGUGCCUAAAGUGGACUACUUUGACUUCUCCAAACUUUAUCCGCUUGACCAACGUUGCUUUAUCCAAGCAGCUGACCUCCUCAUGGCAGACUUCAAAAUGCUGAGCAGCCAGGACAUCAAGUGGGCGCUGCAUGAACUCAAGGGACACUAUGCAAUCACACGAAAGGCCUUUUCUGAUGCCAUCAAAAAAUGGCAGGAACUGUCUCCUGAAACCAGUGGAAAACGAAAAAGGAGGAAAGAAAUGAACCAGUAUUCCUACAUAGACUUCAAAUUUGAGCAAGGCGCUAUGAAAAUUGAGAAGCGCAUGUUCUUCUUGGAGAACAAGCGACGGCACUACAGGAGCUAUGACCAGCUCUCUCUCCUCCCUGCAGUGCAGCUGGAGCGGGAGUUCUACGAACAGAAGAUUAAAGAGAUGGCAGAGCAUGCAGAUUUCCUCCUUGCCCUGCAGAUGAACGAAGAGCAAUAUCAAAAAGAUGGCCAGAUGAUUGAGUGCCGCUGCUGCUAUGGGGAGUUUGCAUUUGAGGAGCUGACGCAGUGCACAGAUGGACACUUGUUUUGCAAGGAGUGCCUAAUAAAGUACGCUCAGGAGGCUGUCUUUGGCUCUGGAAAGUCGGAGCUAAGCUGCAUGGAAGGGAGUUGUACGUGCUCAUUUCCAACUAGCGAGUUGGAGAAAGUGCUUCCAGAAAACAUCCUUUGUAAAUACUACGAGAGGAAAGCAGAGGAGGAGGUGGCUGCUGCUUGUGCAGAUGAGUUAGUCAGGUGUCCCUUCUGCAACUUCCCAGCUCUACUGGACAAGGAUGUGAAGCGGUUCAGCUGUCCUAACCCACGUUGCAGGAAGGAAACCUGCAGAAAAUGCCAGGGCCUAUGGAAGGAACACAUGAACCUUACCUGUGAAGAGCUGGCUGAGAAGGAUGACAUCAAAUACAGAACAUCUAUAGAAGAGAAGAUGACAGCGGCCCGUAUCAGGAAAUGCCACAAGUGCGCGACCGGCUUGAUCAAAUCCGAAGGCUGCAACCGCAUGUCGUGCCGCUGCGGCGCCCAGAUGUGCUACCUCUGCCGAGCUGCCAUUAACGGGUACGACCACUUCUGCCAGCAUCCGCGAUCUCCGGGAGCCCCCUGCCAAGAUUGUACAAAAUGUUCCCUUUGGACAGACCCCACGGAAGAUGAUGAGAAGAUAAUCCAAGAGAUUCAGAAGGAAGCUGAAGAGGAACAAAAGAGGAAAAAUGGAGAAAACAGUUUUAAGCGGAUCGGGCCCCCGGCCGAGAAGCCUGCCGAGAAAAUCCCUCGGAUCGAAGCCAUCCCCAGGCCGGUUCCACAGAACCUUCACCACCAAAUCCCCCCCUACCCGUUCGUGCACCCUCCCUUCCCGCUGCCCCCUGUCCGCCCGCUCUACAACAACAUUGGCCCCAUUAAUCUCGGCCCCAUCCCUGCCCCUUAUGUGCCCCCCCUGCCUAACAUGCCGAACAUGCGGGUAAACUUCGACUUCCCCCAGAUGAACUUGCAGCUGGAGCACAAUCUUCCUAUGCACUUUGGUCCGCAGCCUCGGCAUCGGUUCUGAUUCUGGGAGGCGACAGGACUUUUGGAAGUCACUGCAGGGAAAGUCCACACACUGGCAGAUGCUCCCCCUCCACCCCUCCCCACUCCCCAAUUCCAGCAAACCAUAGGCACUGUCCCCGUCCCCCCCCCCCCCCCGGUUCUUUCAACAGUUGUCAUGAAAUGGGCUUUCGUUGCUUAAGCUUGGAGAACAGCAUUUGGGCUGCGGCUUCGAGAAGGGUGGUGUGCGCAUGUGUCCUGAUGCUGUUUUCAGAAAGGAAGCACUUGGUGAGAUGGGCACAGGACAGCACCCUUAAAAGCCUUGUGCCAAAACCAUAGUUCACCCAUUGGCCAAAAGGAUGCCGAGAGCGGGAGGGAGUUGUAUUUGAAGGGUUAGCCGUGGUGUGCUGAAGGUUGUUUGUUUGGCAGAGUUAUAUACCGUUUCACAGUUCUUGACAGAGGCUUUAAUGCUUUGGCAGCAAGCAGAAAUUGGCAGGGAGACCCCUUUCAGGCUGCUUGAAACCACAGGAGAGCAGCUUCUAAAGCCACAUGGUCAGGAAGAAAUCCGGUCAGGGCUCUCGCCGGACAACCAGUAAGCUUUCCUCCAUAACUCUCUCCCGCUCUGGGCGCAAGUGUCAAAUGGCUGUCCUGGGCUUGGCUGGUUGGCGGCUCAGGAUUUCCUAAAGAGGUUUUGGGCAUCUCUGCUUCUUCUGAGAUGCUACAUGUAAAGGUUUGCUCACCUCCAUCUCAGUGAACGAGAUCUGUUUCAAAACAGGUGCAACUUCGGUGAUACGAGCAUUGCUGAGGGUACAUGUUUCUGUGUCUGGACAGGACCUCUGGAGUUGGAUUCCCUACUCAGUCAUGGCCUAAUGUAUUCUUGUGUGCCAAUGGCCCCACUAGGGCUGCUUCCCACAGGGUUACGCUGCGCGCGGCAGGCUUGUAAUUGAAUUACAGCACUGGUCGGAGGCCUUUGUGUUGGAGAGUUUUGUAGACAAAGAGGUUCAAAUAUCUGGAACUGUUGGAAGGGCAGUUGUGCAAACUGGUUAGCUAACUGGAAGCCUCAGAAUGCUUUGGUGUGUGGGGGUGCGCUUUUCAUGCCCAGGUUACAACAUGGGAGCACUUGCCCCAGCGACUGUGUGGCCAUCACCCCAAAGUGCUCUCGGGCACUCUGGGUGCACAGCGGUUAUUGCUCAGUGGUGCCCGCGCGAACAACAGCGGCUAUGAUCCAAAGCAUUCUCGUGCCCAUCUGCGUGCACAGAGCCCCCUUGAGUACGCGUGACUGAGCUGCUGGAUCGCCACACGCAGCUGUGGAAACCUUGGGUCUCAAGAGCGAUCGAAGGGCUGGUUUUAUAUCCAGACCCGCAACUGCACGUACUACGGUUGCCUCCUGUCCUCAGAACGCUCCUCCCAUGCGCCUACACAUCACACGGUGGCUUCGUGCUGUGCCUCGACUUGACACGCGAUCACUCUUCCAUCUCUGUCGUUGCACCCCCCACUUCGAAGCGUCGUCGCCAUCGCAGAGAUGGAGCGCACUGCUCAUGCGUGCGGAGGUUGUGUGUCAAGCCGAAUCAUACCAUAAGGCUUCCAUGUGAUCAGCAGUCCUGCAAAAGCCCUGAGGGCAAGUGGUCCACGCUCACAGCCCGUCCUCACGGUAUUCUGCCACCCGUUUGAGUCAGCACUUCGUCGUCAAACAGCAACGACCGUUGAAAGUCUUAUUUGCUAAGAUCAUCCCCCCCUCCCUUAAAAACUAAAAUCCAUUUGGGAGGAAUCCCCACCCACCCUUUUGCUAAUACAAAAAAAAUGCUGUCACCCUUCGAAAAGUUGGCCUCUAUUCCUUUUAGAAGCAAUAUAGUGCAACCCCGUUGGGGAAUUUGAACAGACUGGUUCUGAGUUCUGCUCUUUCUCUCCAUCCUUUCUCUCCCUGUUCCCCUCCGUUCUCCACUCCCCGCUUUCCUUUUGACCUCAGUCAGAAGCAUUAGCAACUCUGCAGUGUGGUAGUGCUGUGACUGUGGGCCAUAGACAAAGAAAAGUACAGAGGCGUUCCUUCCCCCUGCCAUGCCACCAAACUAAUGUUUUAAUUGUUCUUUUUUGCUUUGCUUUGUUUUUUACUGAACAGAAGGGUGUUCAGGAAUCUGGAAGCUGCCCUUAAGUGAUUUUUUUUUUAAUUUAGUAAUCAAGCAAAUUGAACCCAAAUAUUUUUAUGGCUAGGUUUCCUUAAAAAUACCUACAUUUCUAAAAACAUCUCUCUAGUGUUUUGUAUAGCUCCCUGCACAAGGCAGCAAGCCAGGGUCUGUCUUCUUUUUUAAUAGUGUGUAGCCCACAGGCUUCAUGUAGGGCCAUGCACAGUAAAUGAUGAUCAAAGUAGUAUGUGGGAGAAUGUUCCCAUGGUGAAACAUGGCACCCUUUGUCCCAGGUAUAUGGUGCACCCAACUGUAGGACAUUUGAAUGCAGGUGGGAUGGGGUGGGAUUAAUCGGGCAAUAGCUGUAUUCCAAGUUGAUUUCAGCCAUCCUGAAGUUUUAUACUGGCUUAAAAAUUCCAUUGCAUUAACUCUCUGUUCCAGUUUCAUCCGUAGCUAUAUCUGAAUUAACAAUCAUGCUGUUAGCCGUUGUUGACAUUGCUGCUCUUUCGUAAUAUAUACUUUUAAAGGCGCAAAAGACAGAGCUGAUCAGAUGCUACUCAUGUGGUCUUUAUUCAGGUUUUAAAAUCAGCACCUUAACCUAUUUCUUGAAGCAGCAAUUGCAAAGCAUGCUGAUAGUGCCGUGUUUUUAAAGUAGCAAUUGCCUGGUGUGCUGAUGAGAAGACUUGAUGCUGUGGGGAUUCUGAAGCACCUUGACUCUUUUCCCGGCACAUCACAACUUUGGACACAGGAGUGAUUUGUGGAUGCAAUCCUGUGGUUUAAUUCAUAAUUAGGGACGCACCCCCUAGGAGUUUUUGCUUUUAGGGUUUCCUUGAGACAGGAGAGCAGGAGGCUGGUGCCAACUCCAGAGUCUUUCUGCACUGUAACCUCCUGUUCAUUUCAGUGGGGUUCCUGCUCUUCCCCUAUGGAAAUUAAAGAUCUUAAUGACAACAUUAGCACUGGGCAGAUUAAGCCUGUAUUAAACAGUGCUUUAAAUCUAUUGGAUAUUAAGAAUGUGGACAGCUGAGCUUCCAUAGGCCAGGACAGUGGGAAGUCAUUUUUUCCCAUACAAUGGCGCCUAUUUUAAUGGGUUUUCUAUUUGAUAAGAGGGUGUUUAACUUAAAUAAAAAAGACCAAGGAAUAUCACUAAUAUUUGUCGACUAAAAUGGCUCACUGAGCAUUACCCCCCUCAUUUUUAGUGCUCUAAUGAAAUUAAGGGAUAAUCCUUCUUUUUUUUUUUAGUUUCAGCCUAAGGAAGACUCUCUUUUGCUUGGGCUGUUGAAUCUUUGCCAUUUUGUCUGUAUUUAAAGCAAACUCUCUUUCUCCAUUCUCUACUGUUCUGUGCUUGACCACUAACAAUGGGGAAAGCCUCUUGAGUUCACGCUGGCAUUGAGUUUCCAAAUCUUUUGGCCUUUCUUAUGUUAGAACAGCACCUUUUGAUGUGUGAGACUGAAGCAAAGACCUUAACUCUGGAUCAUGAAAAGUCAGAGAUGCCAAGACCCAAUUCCUCUCAGAUUUCAUAGCUUCUCUCAAGUCCACGGUUGACUCUGCCUUGAACCGUUUCGUUGAACUGUCUUCCCUGUUAUGGAUGGGAGGUUCUUUUAGCAUUAACUUCUGUUUCUAUUUGCGACUUGCCUGUUUGGGUGUGUGUGACUUGUUUAGGAUAAACAGUUUGCCCCUUGAACUGGCUUUUAAGUUUUGGUUCCUUGAUCACUCCUUCACAUGGUAAGAACACUGAAUUUGGCAAAAGACAGCCAUGUGCUGGCAAGAGGCUCAAAGAAUUUGGAUUUUGCAGCAAGUAUCUGAGUCUGAUAUAUGUCGGCUAUUUGACGUUUUCCAAAUUUACCAGUAGAUCAUGACCUGUUUAUAAGCAACAGGCUUGUUGCACUUUGACCAAGAAAAGGAAGAGUUGCCUGUGCAAACCUGUGUGCCCAGGUUGUGUCUGAAACAGGGAACAUUAUGACCCGGCUGUAAUGUAGCGUUCUCACUGAAUUAUAGUUCUUGCUGCGGUGGUAAACGUGUGUCUGAAUUAUACCUCUAUGGACUGCAGGUGACAAUAGCUCAUGUGAAAGAAUGCUUCUCCAAAAAAUAACUCCCUUCAUGCACAAAACUAGCAAGUUAAGGAAUUCUCGCCUAGCCUCUAUCCCUUGCCCUGAUAGUUUUCUACAUGCAGUGUUUUUUUUUAAAAAAUAGUUUAAUACAGCAUUCAUUCACGUGAAAGAGGUACACAGCCCAGAAACACCCACCUUGGUGAGAACUAAUACAUAGUAACACGGGAUAGUUUUGAAAUGUCCACUGAUAGUCAGACCUUCUGGGUAAAACCUCCUACAUUAGUGCCACGGCAAUAUGGCAGAUUAAUCUGUAAGGAAGGACGCUCAGAUGGCCUUUUCAGCUUCACCCUCUUAAAGCCAUGUUCCGUCUUUUUUCGGCAUCAGUUAGGUUGCGUUUCCUUCACUUUAAUCAAUAUUUCCUGCAUACUUUAAAAAAAUGUGCAUAUGUUAAAGGUUUUUUUAAUUAUUAUUAUGAACUUUCUUGUGUUUGUUUCUUUAUUUGUGACUUCCUUUAAAAAAAAAAAAAGAAGUCCAUCUCUCUUUACGGGUAGACAAGGGGAAGUAUGUGGGUUUUUUUGUAUACCCCAAGCUUGACAUUUUAACAGGUACUUUCUAUUAUCAAAUUUGCAGUGUCGCAUUUAACUUGCCUUAAAAGGUGGAGAGAGAAAUCUAGUAUUUGCACUUAGCAAAAAAAAGAAAAGAAAAAAAAGAUGAAUUAAAAAAAAAAAGAGCAAACCCUGUCAAGGGAAGGUGUGCAUGUUCUGCAACUUUGUAUAACAAUAGCUGAAAAUGAAUAUGUGGUUUAUUAAAAAAAAAAGAGAGGAAAAAACAGGAAAAAAAGAAUAUUUUUCUUUGCCUUCUGGUAAGAAACUGUUCUAAUAUUCUGUAUGUAAAAAGUCUCUGUAUUAUAUUGUAAUUUGAAUUUUUUGUAAUUAAAAACAACCAUUGUGCACUCUG